AUGGCCAUUUCUUGCAUGAAGGGUGCCACUUCCAAGCAAGCCGAAAAUUCUUUCCUCUUCACGCCGUGUCACUGUCCGGUGGGAAAACUCCUCCGCCAACAGCAGCACCAGGUCCGGUGUGAAAAGCCUCGCAUGCCCACCGUUCACCGGGUUUCGCGACGGACCCAAUAUCUGGCCAAACCGCGCCUCCCUCGGUGUAAGUACGAACCACGUGCCGGAAUACGUGGCACCAAGCAAACGGAAGUGCAUCGCGCGUACAAGGAACCGUACGCAUCGAAGCGGCUACAGCAGCUAGCCCUACCGCACGUCCGGAAGUUGGUAGCGGCACAGCAGGAAUAUCGGCGCUUUAUCGCCCGGCGCCGACAGGAUCAACUCGAAGAGCGUAUCAAGAAGAGCAUCUUUACGGUGUACAGCCGGCUGGCGAACGUUCAGCUACCGUCAGUAGACAAACUGAAGGGAAUGUCUCCGGACGAGUGGCAAAAGCAUCAAGAUUGGUUGAACAGGAACGCACAGCCAAAGCAAGCACCUGCUCCGGAUGAACCGAAACGCGAUCGGAAACCGUUGGCGGUGUUGAUUAAUCGCAUCGAGAGCCUAUCGGAACCACGGUUCGCACGAAAGAAGUUUGCCGGUCCGGAGAAGCCAGGACCGGCUGCGAAACCGGCCGCACUCAAAGCGAUACCGUCGGAACAUGUAGCGAGGCUUGCCGAACCCCUUCAAAGACGUCGGCGUGCGAAAGGAGUCAUCCUGGAGGACACUCGGCUACCGGAAAACGUUCUGAAAGCUGUGGCAUCUAGUCGGGUGGCAGAGUUGGCAGUUGCUAAGUCCUAUCGGAACGUAAAUAACGAAUACCGAGAUAAUCCGUUUACGGUGGAACGAAACGCGUUAAAGGCGAAACCGACCGAUCGAAUUUUGGAGUUGGCAAAACCGAAAAAGGCGAAAAAGUAA